AGUCUCUCACCCACCACUCGGCAGGUUCUGUGCUGUGCUGUGCUGUGCUGUAGUUUUCAGCACACUCUGCAGUUGAGUAAACCGCACGUAAAGAAGAUACGCCGAAUGAGUGCAAAUUCGAAGUUUUCGCAAAAACGACUCUCAAAUAGUAGUCGCUAAGAACAAGACCAGGCUAAAUCUAAGUCAGUAAAAUCUGCCGCCCCCCCCCCCCACCCCUUUUUUAACCGGGCUGGAGUAAACUGAAAUUCGGAACUGUGUGCUGCCGCAGAAAAAACAAAACAAAACAAACACAACAAAAAAAAGAAAAAAAAGAAAAACAUUGGCGGGAAUGGCUUCAUCUCCGUGCGGCAGCAAUAGCUUUGAUUCCGGGCUAGAGAUAAAAACUCGCUCAGUAGAACAGACCCUCAUCCCGCUGGUUUCCCAGAUUACGACCCUGAUUAACCACAAAGACAAGCCAAGGAAGUCGGAGAAGACCUUGCGAGCCAUCCAGAGGGUGGGCCAGGCUGUCAGCAUAGCCGUCGGGAGGUUCGUCACCGUCGGGGAGGCCAUUGCAAUAGAGAACCAAGAACUGAAGGAGGAAAUGAGCCUCGCCUGCUAUGAGGCCAGGCGAGCAGGAGACACCAUUGCACGCCUCACAGACGUGGUCACCUUGGAGCCGCCUGAAUCUGAUGGCAGGGCGACAAUCUUCAGUGACAAAGCUGGCAUGGUGAAGGCUGCCAGGAUGCUCCUGUCCUCUGUUACAAAAGUUCUGGUGCUGGCUGACAGAAUAGUUAUUAAGCAGAUCAUCGCUUCCAGAAAUAAGGUUUUGGCAACUUUGGAGCAGCUGGAGAAAGUGAGCAGCUUUCAGGAGUUUGUGCAGAUCUUCAGUCAGUUUGGGAACGAGAUGGUGGAGUUCGCUCAUCUGACAGGAGACAGACAGAAUGAUCUGAAGGAUGAAAAGAAAAAAUCUCGCAUGGCAGCAGCCAGGGCGGUCCUUGAAAAAUGCACCAUGAUGCUUCUCACAGCUUCCAAGACGUGCCUAAGACACCCUGACUGUGACUCGGCGAGGAUCAAUAAGGAUAGCGUGUUCCAGCGAAUGAGGCUCGCCCUGGAGCAGGUGAUCGAGAUAGUGACUGAAGCCAGGCCCAAUGGAGAGGGAGACAUCCUGCCGGUCAGCAUCUUCAUGGGAAUCCGAGAGUUCAAGAACCAGCUGGAAGGCCUGCGGGAGGGCCUGUGCCUGCUGUCCAAGGAGAACCUGACAGCCCUGCUGGAGGUGAUCCUGGAGCACACAGAGGACUUCACCGACUCGGCCUACACCAGCCACGAGCACAGGGGACGCAUCCUGGAACUGUCCCGGCAAGCCCGGCUGGAGCUCGAACAGCUCAAUGCUGCCUGGAUUCAAGCCCAAAAUCCAAAAACCACAGAAGCAACUGAAGAAAUGGAGUUGGCCAUUCUUAAAGCAUGUCAGUGUAUGAAUGAGCUAAAAAAAGAGCUCCACUAUGCAGCAGCAGAGCUGGCUGCCGACCUGUUGAAGUACCGUGCAGACCAUAUUGUCCUGAAAGCCCUGAAGGUGUCUGGCGGGGAGGGUAACCUGGAGGUGCUGGCUGAGUACACCUGCAAACUGUCUGAGCAGAAGGAGCAGCUUGUUGAGACCUGCCGACUGCUGCGACACAUUUCAGGAACGGAGCCCCUGGAGAUAACCUGCAUCCACGCAGAAGACACCUUCCAAGUGAUUGGACCACAGAUCAUUUCUGCUGCACAGACACUGGCCCUGCACCCUUCAAGCAAAAUCGCAAAAGAGAACCUGGAUGUUUUUUGCGAAGCUUGGGAGUCGCAGCUGAACGACAUGUCCAUUCUGUUGAGGGAAAUUAUUGAUUUGUUUGAAGGCCGACGAGGAGAGAAGAGAACCUACCUUUCGCUACCUAGACCAGGGAAGCUCUCAGCAAAUCUGAAGACUAUAAAACCAGUCAAACUUGACUCUGAGGAGCAGACAGCUAUCGCUAAGGUGGGUCUGGAGUUACGGCUGCUGACGUCCGACCUGGACUGUGAGAGUGAGAAGUGGGAGGACCAGGAGCACGAGAUCGUCCGCCAGGGGCAGGGCAUGUCCAGCAUGGCAUACUCCAUGUACCUGUUCACCAGAGGGGAGGGCCUCCUGAAGACAACCCAGGAUUUAUUUCAUCAAGCAGAGGUGUUUGCUGAAGAGGGUUUCAAAUUAUAUUCUUCACUCCAGGCUUUCUCAACCCAGCUGGGAGAUGAUGAGAAAGCCAUCUUUACAGCAGAGAUGGAGAAGCUGUUGGCCUUGUGUCAGAAACUGCAGAUAACAGCCAGAAUGCCUGUGCAAGGCAAAAAUUCAACUUUCCUCAAGGUGGAUUCUUCUAUCCAAAAUGCCAAAAUUAUCUUGACAGUAGUUGUCUACAUUCUCCCUCUUUGCAAUAAGAUAAUCAAAAAGUACAAGUGUGAGCAGAGCAGCUUGGGAUCCCCCAAGAGCUGGAGAGAGACCCCACUCCAGACCCCGGUUCAUGAAGUCGGUCUCAGUGGAAAGAAUGGCAAUGGCUUUGGAGUGAAAUCUCUGGAGCACCACAUGGCAAACCUCACGUUGCAUGGGACAGAAGGAACCUCUUUGUGUUGUGAUGUGUACUGGAAUCAUUACCAAGAGCAUCCCUGACACCACCCCAGUCAUAUGGAUAAACAGAUCAUCUUGAACUCGCAGUGCUAUCCUUUCAAUCACUAUUGCUGUGUUAUUUGUAAUGGGUCAGCGGUUCCCAAACGUCAUGCUUUUUGGUUCAAUUACUUAGUAUCUCAGAUAGUUACACAUAACUUACACUAUUUGUACAAAAUUUGAAAUUUAUUUUCAAAGCACAGUGCAACUAAUUGUUAGUAACUGACUAUAAUUGGUGUUUUGUUGGGUAGAGGGGCUUUAAAAGGAUUAAGUAAAGCUAAUAGCAACAUAUACUGUCCCUUAUUUUGUUAUAAAUGAUUAACUUUGCUACUGUGAAUUACAGGAAGUUUGUAAUACAGGUCCAUAUAAAUGUACUCAAGUGCAGCCAUUUACAUUGCUGCUAAUAUACAGUACAUAUCUUGUGAAGGACAGCAUUUUAUUUUUUUUUUUAAAUCUACACUUCACUACAAACUUAUUUGCAGAUUGCUUUAACUUGUAUUACUGUAUACUGCUAGCUUUUUCUUUUUUGUUUAACAAAACAUGUAGCGUACUCACUGAGCUGGCUGAUUACAACAUCGGUAAUUCACUUCAGAUUCUAAAUCCAGUGGCAUCGAUAAUUUUAUAAACAUUAUAAUAAAGAUCCUGGUGACAGCCCCCACUCAGAUCUUUGUUUGGGAACUGCUGCAAAACAUUGUAUGGUACUUGAAUCAUCAUCAUCAUUGAAACCAGUGGAGUUUUAAAUCUUUUGGUACGAUCUACAAACUGCUGUUUUGCCCUUAAAUGUUUCAUCAUGUGAACGAACAACCUGGGUGAAAGACUUAACAAAACUACAGAUCCAAAGAAGCUGUAAUAGACUGGCUGUGUCAGAUAUGCUGUAUGUAGUGAACCACUGCUGUUUUAAAGAGUGAGUAGCAGGGUUGCGAGAGAUGUAGCAUUACACAUCCCCAUGUGUUGCUACAACUGUUUAAAUAACAUACCUGUCAUCAUUCUUUUCGUUGUUAAUAUCCUGACACGUUUUUACAUUUUUAAAUUCAAGUCUCUCUCCAAGGGUCUUUUCAAGACGUCUGCUCAUGCACGGGUUUUAGAUCAGGCGAGUCCUCUUUCAGAUCACUGCCGGUAGGCCUACAUUUUUGUUUUUUCCUGACAAGUAUUUCUGGCGACACACACCCCAAUGAAGCUAGGGCAGUGACAAGAUCAGUUUUUGUACUCUUGAAAUGUAAAUAAAUUAAUCUGAUGGUUUGAUCAUUUUAUUUAAACACAGGUCCAGCAAUAUAUUUAUUAGGCUACCACUCUGCUUUGGUUCUUGUUUUUUUUUUUUUUUUAAUAUAAAUUGCGACUAUGCUGGAUCAUAAUUCCAACUAGUCUCGUUUUUGCAGGAAGGGAUGAAAAUUAAAUAAACAUGGUCUAUGGGUUUUUUUUAUAUAUAGUUCUAUAUAAUUGAGUGUUUAAAGUUGUGGAUGAACAUAUGAAAUACAAUACAGUACAUCCCUUAUUUAUCUUUAUACAGGGUCAUUUUCAGUUCCAUAGAAUAUUAAUACAUAAAUAAAUAAAUUUCUUCAUGUCAGUGACACCACUUUGAAUAAUCCAAAGCUUUAAAAUACAAUUAUCAAAACCAUCAGAUUUAUUUUUGUAUCAAUAUUGUAUGAAACUGUAUGCAGAGAUGUGAAAGCUUCUUCCUUUAAAGGGACAUACUGUAUUGUAUUUCAUAUGUUCAUCCACAACUUUAAACACUCAAUAAGAGAGAGAUUUUGAAACCUCACUGGCUGGCUGACACACCUCUGACCUCAAGCCCUGGUUCAGGGGUGUCAAACAUUAUUCACCUCCUGUCAGUAUCAGAGGACACACCUCUGAUCUCAAGCCCUGGUUCAGGGGUGUCAAACAUUAUUCACCUCCCGUCAGUAUCAGAGAGGACACACCUCUGAUCUCAAGCCCUGGUUCAGGGGUGUCGAACAUUAUCCACCUCCCGUCAGUAUCAGAGAGGACACACCUCUGAUCUCAAGCCCUGGUUCAGGGGUGUCGAACAUUAUCCACCUCCCGUCAGUAUCAGAGAGGACACACCUCUGAUCUCAAGCCCUAGUUCAGGGAUGUCAAACUCCAGUCCUUGAGGGCCGCAGCGUCUUCUGGUUUUCGUUCCAACUAACGCUCCGAGUUAACAUCACUGAUCUAAUUAUUUGUUGAAUUUGACAAAUUUAAUAUUUUUCAAUGUCUUUUACAGUUGAUGGUUUUACAAGUGCAUUUGAUUCAAGGUACACUACCUCUGAAAUAUUUUGAGGCCUUUAGAGAAGUGUUAAAUGUGUCCAGUUAAUCAAAUAAUUAGACCAAUUAAGUAAAUGAAAGCUCAGGUGGAACGAUUGCCAGGAGGAGACACUGCAGCCCUCCAGGAACCGAGUUUGACACCCCUGCCCUAGUUCACUAAGUAGACAUCUUAAAUACCUUUGACAGAGUUUACAUUUAUAAUGGAUGUUAACAAUGAAAAGAAAAAUCACAGGUAUGUAAAUUAAACAGUUGGAUCAACGCAUGGGGGGGGGGGGGGGCCCUGCUACCCUGCUUUCUUUAAAGUAAAAAAAGACAAUUAUCCUUGUAAUGCUAAAACAUAUGAGCACUGAACCAUUAAUCAUUUGAUUGUCAAAUAAUUUAUACAAAAAUCAAAAACAUGCAUUUAAAAAUUUCUUACAUAGGUCUGACUCUAUAUUAUUAUGUAUUAUUAAGAAAGAGAUGGUAAAUGCUAUUUUGAUUUUAUUCUACCUUGGAACUAGGUCAAGCAACUAUUUUCUUUUUAAAUGAGACCCCUGCAUCUCAUCACAAGGACAGUUAUAUUGUCAACUUUUAAUACCAUAGGGUUGUUUGUAACCUUGUGAAGAAUCUAUAAAUACUGUGUAUUUCUGUUGUGCUGAGAAUUUCAAAAUUAUAAAUAUAAGGCCCUGACAAUGAGAGCCAAAUAAUCAGAGGGUUAAUGAUCUCCUCCCCAAUCCUGAUGAGCUUCAGCCUGCUGAUCAUGAAAGCCUCGUUGUGGCUGCUGGUUUGGUGUUAUGUGACUGGGUAGACUAUGAAAAGCACAGAUGAACUACUGAACGUGAUGGUAGUGUAGAGGACUUUCCUGUAAAAGCAGUUUUUUUUUUUUUUUUUUUUUGUU